GUUAACAUUGUGCAAUUACCAAGGAUAUAAACGGCUUUUCAGUGUCACUUUAAUUGUAUAACCUGGGAAGGUCAAUUGUCAAUAGCAAUUUAUAAAAGGGUUUUAAAAGAAAAUUAAAAUGGAUAAAAGUCUAUUAGAUGAGCGUAAAUCACAUUAUGUUAAACCGAUUAUUAAAGUUAAGCGCCCCACGUUACCUUUUAUACCAUCUGAUAAAGCAUCGCGAAGGGUGAUAGCACCAUACGUAAAUAUUGUAAGAAAAAGCAAAAAAAUCGCCGUGAAAGAUGACACCAAUAAAUACAUUAAAGCGUUUCUCCAAAAGAAACCGAGCAUCUUAGUGAGUACUUUAAAAGAAUUUUUGGAGGGUAUAGUUGAGUUACCUAUUCUUAUCCACGAAAGUAUUGACGCGCUUAAAAUCGUAACAUCCUCUAUUGGUGGGAGAUUAUAUUUAGUGGACGAUUUCUUAAACGAAAUUUUUGUUAGCCCCAAAGAAGAUCCGUUCCCAAAAAACAGAUUGAGCCUUAAAAUUGAAAAAGGAAAAACUGUUGCGGCUCACGUCGCCGCCACCCAAGAAGCCGUAUUAUCCGAAGACAUCUUAAUCGAUGCAAGGUUUUCCCACGGCGUACCCUUCAUAGAUUUAACACUUAAGUCGGUUUUAUCCGCGCCUAUCCUAACGGAAACCGGAGUUUGCUAUGGAGUCGUCGAACUGUACCGAGAUUGUAGUCAGAAAUCCUUUAAGCAAUCCGACACGAAGAUUGUUUUGGUUGUUUUGGGGUGGAUUGGAUCGUCCAUCCGUAGAAACAACGAACGAAUAAAAGUUCUACAUCAAAAACAAUUAGAUGAUUGCCUCAUUGAAUUAACAAGAACUUAUUUUUCUCAUAAUAUCUCGAUAGAUAAUCUUAUUAGUGAGUUAGUCAAGUUCGCUAAGAGUGCGGUUAAUGCUGAAAAGGCGUCGCUUUUUGUGAUGCACCCCGAUAAUGAGUUAAUCGCCGACAUUUACGAUCAAGGUUUACCAGAUUACGGAGGUGAUAUGGUUAAGCGACAUGAAAAAGUUAAAUUGGCUAAAGAGAAAGGAGUCGUCAGUUACGUAGCGAAAAAUAAAAAGUCAAUUCUUGUUAAAGAUGCUUAUCGAGAUAAGGUAUUUCACAAGGAAAUUGAUCCUAAUACGGGGAUGAUAACGAGAUCGGUUUUGUGUGUGCCCGUUUUGAGUAUGAACAGUCUUCUUGGAAUUAUUUUAGGUAUAAAUAAAACAACAGGGGAUAGUUUUACAGAUUCUGAUUUGGAAAUUUUUAAUACAUUCGCGGUUUAUUGUUCGUUAUGUUUGCAACAUUAUAAUCUGUCGAAAGGUUAUAAUGUUUAUCGAGCGCGUUAUGAAAUUAUUUCUGGUCUUAUGAAGCGCCACAUUUUCCCCAAUGAGCACGAUCUGCAAGAAUUGGUAUCCAAUCCAGAAUUUUCAGAAGAUAUUGAAACGCUAAAUACUUUUAAUUGGUAUAUCAAUCUUGAUUAUACAGAUGAAAUGCCGCAAAUUGCCGUGUAUUUAAUAAUGUCGAUUGCUGAUGAGGGUGAUAUCGAUAUAGACCAACUCUAUAAAUUCGUGUUAAGUAUGAGAAUGUUAUACAGAAAAAAUAUAUAUCAUAAUUGGGAGCAUGGAUUUAAUGUAUGCCAUUGUAUGAGAACAAUUAUAAAACAUAACAUGGAAAAAUUCACUGCAAUUGAAAGAAAAACUUUAGCCGUUGCUGCUUUAGGACACGAUGUUGAUCAUGGUGGUGUUACAAACGGGUUUUUACGUCUUACUAAUGAUGUUAUGGCUGAGUUGUACGAAGAAUCUACUUGGGAGUGUCAUCAUUACGAUAUCACCAUGAUUUUACUUGGUGAAAUUCCGAUUUAUAAAAAUUGUUCUCCCGAAGAAUAUAAAACAAUAUCCGACCUAAUUUAUAGCGCAAUUAUAGCCACCGAUUUAGUAAAUUAUUUUAAAACCAGUGCAAAACUAAACUUUAUGAUUCAAGAUGAAAUUUUUGAUAUUGAACAUCCGCUUCAUAGAGUGAUGAUGAUUGGGGUUAUGAUGACAGUUGCAGAUCUAUCAGGGCAGUGCAAAGAUUUCGAAGUAACCAACAGAAUCACAAUGAAUUUAUACGAAGAAUUUUACAAUCAAGGUGAUAUGGAGAAACUUAUGGGAUUCGUUCCAUUAGCCAUGAUGGAUAGGGAGAAAAUCUCCGCGGUCCCAUCAGAUCAAGUUCAUUUCUUGCAAGUUUUAGUAAUACCGUGUUGCGAUCUCCUCACGAAAAUUUUUCCGAAUACUUUACCUUUACUCGAUGGCGCUGUUGAUUUAAAGAGAAUUUGGACUAAUAUCGUCGAAAAAAAUGAUACAAAGUGGUGGUCACCCAAUCAUUUCGUAAGCAACAAGCUUUACGAGAAUGAUUUAAAUAUUUAUAAGAAAUAAAAAUUGUAAUUGAAGUAUUA